GGCCGGGGGGUCGGUCGGUUCCGUUGGUAGCGUGGACUCGAAGUCGAAGCCUGCAAUCACCAACCUCUCUCUUCCCCUCCGCUUCGCUUCGCCCCCCUUCCCAACUCCACACCGCCGUGCUACUGCCCCCCUUGCCUUGCCUUGCUCCCUCCCCGUCGGCCCUCGCUCCCGCACUACCUCGCUUCUCGCCACCUUCCCUCUCCUGGCCACUCCCGGCGCGCUCUCUCGCCCGCUCCCUUCUUCCGGUGACCGCGCCAGCCCGUAGCCGAGGGGCGGCGCCCGUCGCCUCGCCACCCGUCCGUCCGCGCGCGCGCAUUGCGGCCGCGCUUCAACGAUUCACAACCGCGUCGUGACACGCCCGGUCGGUGCUCGUGGCGGCGGCGGCGGCGCGCUUCUGAAUCGCGCCGCUCGACGCGGCCGCGGCGGCGACUUGCCGCGGAAUCCUGGGCGCGCCCCCCGGAUUCCGUCCACGCGCCGGUGAUCUGCGGCGCAUUGCUCCGCAGAGUAUCCAUCCCGCGGGCGGAUAAAGUUCAUUCUUCAAACUUAGCAGGACACACCAGCCUACCUCGGUGUGGUUAUAAAGCAUUCGUCGUACCUUUGGGAACAUUUGUGUCACUUAUAAGGCAUUGAUGAGCAGCAGAUCAUGGUGGUAGCUCAGCAGGAACUGACUUGGAUGUUUAGUUCUGUAUUGAACGUAUGGUGAUGUGAUACCAUAGGCUGAAAACAUAUUGAAUGUGAUCCUCGGACAAACCUGUCAUUGUCAAUUUUGAGUGAUGAAGAAAUGGCACGGUGGUUCUGUCAUAGUAUCUCUGUUCGUAAUCUUGAUGCUAAGAUACUUGAUACUGGAUAGCCCGCUUGCAGAAAGAUCUCUUCGGUAUGUCUUGCAACAAAAUAGCACAACACAGCUACACUGGCUAGAUGUUCCGAAUCCACCUGCGGUUCAUAAUCCGCAGAACUCCUCUCAAGUAAUAUCGACUGAACUGUUAGCUUCCAGCCUUUCCAUCACGAGAAAUCUAUCUGAUAAAGAAAUGCAGUCACUGCGUUCUUGGAAUCAUCUGAGGGACCUAGUAAGCAAUGCCCACAUCCUACCAGAUGGAUUGGAUGCAAUUAAGGAAGCUGGAGUUGCAUGGAGGACACUAAAUGCAGCUCUGGAACAUGAUGCUUCAGCUGUUUCAGUCAAUGACAGCACACAGUACAAGGACAAAGAGAAGCAAUGCCCGUAUUCUAUUCGAAGAAUGAAUGCUACAAGUUCAGGUAACAGAUUUGUCCUAAAAGUUCCCUGUGGGCUUAUUCAGGGCUCUUCGAUAACCAUUAUUGGUACUCCUGGUGGUCUUCUGGGUAACUUUAAGAUAGACUUGACUGGAGUUGCAGUCCCCGGUGAACCAGACCCUCCAAUUGUGCUUCAUUACAAUGUCCGUCUUUUUGGUGAUAAACUUACAGAAGAUCCUGUUAUUGUCCAAAAUACAUGGACUAUAGCUGAUGAUUGGGGUUCUGAAGACCGUUGUCCAUCUUCUGGUUCGGAUGCUAAGGACAAUGCAAAAGUGGAUGAUUUAGAAAAAUGUAGUAGCAUGGUGGGCAAUGAACAGAAACAAAUCCUGGCCUCAAAGUUAAAUUCCAAUUUUUCAAGAAUGCACCCUACCAGGAAAAAGAUUGGAGAACCUAAAAAAUAUUACCCAUUCAAACAAGGAUAUCUUGCUAUAGCAAUUCUUCGCGUUGGAGCAGAGGGUAUUCAUAUGACUGUAGACGGGAAACAUGUCACUUCCUUUGCAUUUCGAGAGGAUUUGGAGCCUGGGUUUGUUGGUGAGGUAAGAAUAGCAGGAGAUAUUAAAUUGCUGUCUCUGAUAGCAAGUGGCUUACCUACAACGGAGGACUUUGAGCAUGUCACUGACUUGGCAAUAUUGAAGGCUCCACCUGUCCCUAUGGAUAAAUUUGUCGAUCUAUUUAUUGGGAUAUUCUCUACGGCAAAUAAUUUUAAACGAAGGAUGGCGGUUCGCAGAACAUGGAUGCAAUAUGAUGCUGUCCGAUCAGGAAAAGUCGUAGUGCGGUUCUUUGUUGGCCUGCACAAAAAUGAGGUGGUGAAUGAGGAGCUCUGGAAUGAAGCGCGAACAUAUGGAGAUAUUCAAUUGAUGCCGUUUGUUGAUUAUUACAGCUUGAUUCUUUGGAAGACCAUCGCCAUUUGCAUAUAUGGGACAAAUGUGCUUUCAGCCAAGUAUGUGAUGAAAACAGAUGAUGAUGCUUUUGUUCGUGUAGAUGAGAUACUUUCCUCCCUACAUCAAGUAAAUAUCAGCCAUGGACUGCUGUAUGGCCGUGUCAAUUCUGAUUCCCAGCCCCAUCGAGAUCCGUAUAGCAAGUGGUACAUUACUUCAGAGGAAUGGCCCGAGGAGAGCUAUCCCCCAUGGGCACAUGGCCCAGGAUACAUUGUAUCUCAGGAUAUAGCAAAAGAAGUUUACAGGAAACACAAGAGAGGGGAGCUUAAGAUGUUCAAGCUGGAGGAUGUGGCAAUGGGAAUAUGGAUUAAUGAGAUGAAGAAGGAAGGUUUGGACGUCAAGUACGAGAACGAUGGAAGGAUCUUGGUGGUAGGCUGUGAGGAUGGGUAUGUAGUUGCCCACUACCAGGAGCCAAGGCAGAUGAUGUGCCUCUGGGAUAAAAUCCAGAAAGGAAAGCGAGGAAUCUGUUGCAAUGAGUAUCAGUAAACAGUCUUCUGUAUUCUGAAGGCGGUUGUCUGCUGACACCUAUGAGGCCAUGACAUAUGUGUGAGACUAUCCUUCCAUGGAAGAGGAGUCAGAGAGCUUCUCGCAAAUUGCUUCUGAUCGCAGAACUGAUAGGCGACAAUUUUUGUGGAUACCUACCUAUUUCUGGAGUACCUUUAAGGCUAACUACCACAUAUUUUUUUGUAGAUGUAGAAGGCCUCUUCUGUUUUGGCCAUAGAUAGGAAGGUGUGGCUUCUUGUAACAUAUCUUACUAGUAUGUAGGUUGACAUUCUCAGGAUAGACGGAGAGCCAGCGUUCUAUUCUUUUCCGGUGGAUGCAUUUUGCAUCUGAUGUAAAUCUUUUUGAGAACCUGAAUUUUGCAUGCUAAAGAAUGCCACUAUUUUAAAGAUCUUCAUUUUUUUUGGCCA